UUUGUGAUAUCUACUAGAUAGUUACGUAUACGUAAGCAACGGUUUGUCGUAGGUAACAUUGUUGUAGUGUAGCGUUUGCGUCAUUUCGUGUAUUGUUUUCUAUUUUGCAGACGUGGUAUUCAAGUUAGCUACAAGCAACAAUAAAUCACAGUCGGAAUUAUUUUAAUUCCUAUAAUAUCUGCAAUUAAUUACUUAGCUAUUGAAGAUGGAUUUUAUCAGCUCCAUUCCAACACACAUGGACUUUGAUGGUCAACAUAAAGCUGAGAAGUUUUCCAGAAUCAUAAUCACCCUUUUUGGAGCCGUAGGACUUAUAUGGGGUUACAUAAUUCAACAGUUUUCACAAACUGUCUACAUUGUCGGUGCUGGAUUCGCAUUAGCUUCUAUUGUAAGCAUUCCUCCUUGGCCGAUGUACAGGCGAAAGCCCCUGCAAUGGCAGAAGCCAAGGCCUGAUAAUUCCACUGAAUCAAGUCAAAAAUCUAGCAAAAAGAAGAAGUAAAACAUUCCAAAUACAUUAAAUUCUUAUUUUAAGUUAAUUUCAGUACCAGUAAAGGUAUAUUAUAUUCUAAAUUAAAAUAUUAUUGAGUGAUGCAAUGGUUGAAAA